AUGGAGAACACGGAACAAGUACAGGAGCAGGACCCUCAGGUCGCCACAGAGGACACACCCCUCGCCAUGGACUCGUCCAUCCCCACCCCGGUCGAGAGCGUCGAAGGAUCACCUGCCGCCGCUCAAGGCGAGACGAUCGCCGCUUCGGAAGCUUCUCUCACCCCCUCUGAGGUCGACUCAGUUUCCACACCAGACCAGCAGCAACAGCAGCAGCAUUCUCAGCCAUUGUCUCAGCCGGCUUCUAUCAAGCCUUCUGCACCCGUCCCUCCUCCUCAGCUGAAACGCAGACCCCGCAGAACUGGUCAGCCUCUGCAUCUUUUGCUUCAGGACUCCAGCAAACAACAUAUUACUGGAUACCUUUGCAAAAAGACUUCAGAAGAGAUUACGGCCAUUGUUGCUGAGAAAAAGACGCUCGCUGCAGAUCUUCGCACCUUCUCCAACGAGUUUGUUUUGACCUCGGCUCGCGACCGCGUCAUUUCUGAGGUUGACGAGGAAGGAAAGGAGUUACUCAAGGAUGUGGAUCCCGAAAGAGACAUCAUCAAGCAGCGAUUCGAAGACGAAAGCUCUGUCUUCAAGGCCUACGAGGAUGCCAUUCAUGACAUCCGUGUUGAUCUGUACCUCGAUGGAAUCAAGCCCAGAAAGUUGGAGACCGACGAAGAGAGAGAGGAGACCGCAGCUCGCAACGUUGAGUUGAAUGCUGUCCUCCAAGUUUGGGAUACUCUGCACAAGCGCAUUGAGAUUGAGCCUAGAAGAGCUGGACGUUCAACUCAGAGCCCAUACCCAAGCCGAGGCGGACGAGCCCCUGGCCCACCCAGUACACGUCCUCACCCCUACGCACCCAGUCGUUUGCCCCCCUCAUCGCCUCAUUACGGUCCUCCUUUUGCCGGCCCACCUCAUGCAGCCCCACCUUUCAGAGAACCCAGGAGCCAUCAUCGCGACUAUCAUGACCGACCAGCCUACCGUGAUGACUACUAUGCUGACCGCCGUGACGACCAUCGCCGGCCAGACUACGAUCGCCGUGAUCCCAGGGAUCACCCAAUGGGCGCUCGGCCACCAGGUCCUGGACCUAUGGGUCGCCCAGAUUCGAGAGAUAUGCGGGACCCGCGCGAUCCUCGUGAUUUUAGAGAGCGUGGCCCUCCUCCACCCGCAGCUAGAAGCGAAGCGCCAUUUGGAGCCAGCAGAUAUGACGAUAGGAGAAGAGAUCGUGCCGACCUGACCAAUGCUCCACCUCCACGCGACAACAGACUUCAUGGAUCGUCAGGUGCUGGUGCAUCUCCAUUGACAGCACACCCGUCCUUGCCACCUAAGCCGGCAGCGAGCCAAUAUGACGCCAACCCUGCCGUCCCUCAGCACAUGCAAGCGGCCAACCCCAUGUAUCCAGGACACUAUCCACCAGGGGCUCACCAGCAAACCCCACAAGUAGAUCCUGCCGCCCAGGCUGCUUAUGGAGCCUACGGCCACCCAGGACAUCCUGGUUACCCAGCACUCGGACAGGCUGACUACUCUGGAUAUGCGUAUGGAUAUGGACAAGACCCUGCCGCCCAGCAGCAGAUGUACGGCUACGCAGCUACGGGUGGCUGGGAUAUGAGUGGUGGCGCUGCUGCUGCUGUUGCCCAGCAUGUCGGUGCCGGUCUUCACCUUCAGCCGUUUACCUCGGGACAGCAUGGACGUCACAAAGCUGUCCCAUUGCCUACUGAUUUCAUGUCCGGCCCCAGUGAUGCCCCCCGACUUUCAAUGCCUGAGCCCCAUGAAGUGCUUGGUACCAUCCGCGGUGUCAUUAUCAGGGAUGCACACGGUAACAUUGGCCUCAGUCAGUAUCAUUUCACCCAGGCGACAUAG